AUGUUUAGGCUAACAACUAAAUUUAUAACUGGCUUUUCCUCCAAGAAGUAUGGUUAAUUGCAAAAGUUUCAACAUAGCCAGUUAAAAAGCUUGAUGAACCAAAGCUUUAAGAGAUUUUCUACUGAGACUGAGCAAAUAAUUUAAUAGCAAAAACCUGAAGAAGUUAAGUUCCAAAAAAAACCUUUAAGGAUAUUCCUUGGUUUUUUAAUUUUAAAUGGCUUAUUAGGGUUUGCAUAUAUGAAAAAGUUAGAAUACGAUAAUAGAUAUGAAUUCAAGAUACUUAUGAAACUAUUAGAAUUCAAAAAGGCAUACUAAAGUGAUAGUUCAAAGUUUACUUUAGAGGAGAUUAAGAAAAACCUUGAUGAGUUCCUUGUAGAAAAUGUAACAUUAUCUUUAAAUGAAUAGAUUACAGGAGAAAUUAGAAAAAUCGCAGUUGAAUUAUGUGAGAAAUAUCCUAAUGAACGUGAAAUACAAAUGUUUGCAAGUUAAGUAUGUGAAUAUGAAAAGUAUGCAUUUUACUUGAAAAACACUUUGGCAAUAGAUCGCAAAUACGUUGAUGAUGUCUUAAUCCGUUAGAUGGCUUUAAAUUGUGAGCGCUAUGGAAAGGAUAAACCUUUCUAUUUUGAUGAGUUUUACAACGCUUGUACAAAAUACAGUUUAGAUAACAGAUUUGAAGAGGCUGAUAAAUGUUUGAACUAUUACUUAGCCUUAAAUCCUUCUUAAUAUUACAGAGCUGCUGUCUAGCAAAUUAAGAAUUAUGAACUUACUAAUAAUUUUACUCUGAUGGCUGAACGUAUUGACGAUUUGUUAAACAAAGAAAAAUUCUUAGAUAAGAAAGAAAUUGAUUAUCUAAUUUCCUUUGUCAAAAAGUUCCCUCCAAGUUAACUAAAACAGAUUCCAGACCAAAUAAUUGCUGCUAAGCUCCUUUUAGACCACUAAACUGAUCUAUCUUAAAAAUACGUCAAACAAGUUCUUGACAAGGAUAAAAAUAACCUCUAGGCACUAUAUUUGCAAUCUUAAAUCUACUCUAAAAAUUAACAAACAGAAAAAUACAAUUAAGUUAUAAAUUAAAUAAAUAAACUCAAUCCUUCCUUCUUGUCUAGCCAAUAAUAAGCAGUAUCAGCAACAACAACUAAUUAAUAGUGA